AUGGGUUUGGUACAGAGACUCUCAUUUUGCCGUCCUUGUUAUGAAUACGAAAGGAGUGAAGGCAACCAGUGCUGCCCUCAGUGCAACACUCGCUAUAAGCGUCUCAAAGGUAGUCCGAGAAUCCCAGGAGACGAGGAAGACGACUCAGGCCAAGAUGAUUUUGACGAUGAAUUUCAGAUGAAGAACCGCAAGGAUGAGUCGGACGGACAACAUGAAAAUGGGGACUAUAAUAAUCAACAAUGGCAGCACAAUGGUCAAGCUUUCUCAGUUGCAGAAAGCAUUGCUGGGAAGGAUUUAGAAGGCGAGAAAGACAUGUACGGAAGCGCAGAAUGGAAAGAAAGAGUUGAGAAAUGGAAAGUGAAGCAAGAAAAACGAGGUUUGAUUAGCAACGAUAUUGGCGGAAAUGAUCUUCCUGAAGAAGAUGAUUACCUCUUGGCUGAAGCUCGACAACCUUUAUGGCGGAAAGUCCCAAUUUCAUCGAGCUUGAUAAGCCCUUAUCGGAUCGUCAUCGUCCUCCGCUUCAUCGUCCUCGCAUUUUUCCUCCGGUUUCGUAUUCUAACGCCGGCAUACGACGCUUUCCCUUUAUGGCUGAUCUCCGUUAUCUGCGAAGUUUGGUUCGCCUUCUCUUGGAUCCUCGAUCAGUUCCCGAAAUGGUUCCCCAUUAGGCGCGAAACUUACCUCGACCGCCUCUCUUUGAGGUUCGAGCGUGAGGGCGAGCCGAAUCAACUAGGCGCCGUCGAUGUGUUCGUCAGUACCGUCGAUCCUCUCAAGGAACCGCCCAUCAUAACGGCCAACACGGUUCUAUCGAUCUUGGCCGCUGAUUAUCCGGUCGAGAAAGUUAGUUGUUAUGUGUCCGAUGAUGGCGCUUCUAUGCUUACUUUCGAUUCCUUGUCUGAAACGGCUGAGUUCGCGAGGAGAUGGGUUCCAUUUUGUAAGAAACACAAUGUUGAGCCGAGAGCGCCGGAGUUUUAUUUCAAUGAGAAGAUUGAUUAUUUGAAAGAUAAGGUUCAUCCUAGUUUUGUUAAAGAACGGAGAGCCAUGAAAAGGGAAUAUGAAGAAUAUAAAGUAAGGAUCAAUGCAUUGGUAGCAAAUGCUCAGAAGAAACCAGAAGAAGGAUGGGUGAUGCAAGAUGGAACCCCAUGGCCCGGAAAUAACACACGUGAUCAUCCUGGAAUGAUUCAGGUCUUCCUAGGAAGUGCUGGUGCACUCGAUGUCGAUGGCAAAGAGCUACCUCGGCUUGUUUAUGUUUCUCGUGAGAAACGUCCUGGUUAUCAGCACCACAAGAAAGCUGGUGCUGAGAAUGCUCUGGUUCGAGUUUCUGCGGUGCUUACUAAUGCACCCUUCAUAUUGAAUCUGGAUUGUGAUCAUUACAUCAACAACAGCAAGGCCUUAAGGGAAGCUAUGUGCUUUUUAAUGGAUCCUCAGUUUGGAAAGAAACUUUGUUACGUUCAGUUUCCACAAAGAUUCGAUGGUAUUGAUCGCCACGAUCGAUAUGCCAAUCGAAACGUUGUCUUCUUUGAUAUCAACAUGUUGGGAUUAGAUGGACUUCAAGGCCCUGUAUAUGUAGGCACAGGGUGUGUUUUCAACAGGCAGGCAUUGUACGGCUACGAUCCGCCAGUCUCCGAGAAGAGACCGAAGAUGACCUGCGACUGCUGGCCUUCAUGGUGUUGCUGUUGUUGCGGAGGUUCAAGGAAGAAAUCAAAGAAGAAAGGAGAGAAAAAGGGCUUACUCGGAGGUCUUUUAUUCUCCAAAAAGAAGAAGAAAAUGAUGGGGAAACACUACGUGAAAAAAGGGUCUUCCCCGGUCUUUGAUCUCGAAGAAAUUGAAGAAGGGCUUGAAGGAUACGAAGAAUUGGAGAAAUCGUCAUUAAUGUCACAGAAGAAUUUUGAGAAACGAUUUGGACAAUCACCGGUUUUCAUUGCUUCAACAUUGAUGGAAAAUGGUGGCCUUCCUGAAGGAACUAAUAGCCCAUCACUUAUUAAAGAAGCCAUUCAUGUAAUUAGCUGUGGCUAUGAAGAAAAAACUGAGUGGGGCAAAGAGAUCGGAUGGAUUUAUGGAUCGGUGACGGAAGAUAUUUUAACAGGUUUCAAGAUGCACUGUAGAGGGUGGAAAUCGGUUUAUUGUGUACCGAAACGACCGGCAUUUAAAGGGUCGGCUCCAAUCAAUCUCUCGGAUCGGUUGCACCAAGUUUUGAGAUGGGCGCUUGGUUCCGUAGAAAUUUUCCUUAGUCGUCACUGCCCACUUUGGUACGGUUAUGGAGGAAAACUGAAAUGGCUCGAGAGGCUUGCUUAUAUCAACACCAUUGUUUAUCCUUUCACUUCAAUCCCUUUACUUGCCUACUGUACCAUUCCAGCCGUUUGUCUCCUCACUGGCAAAUUCAUCAUCCCCACUCUAAGCAACCUUACAAGUAUAUGGUUCUUGGCACUUUUCCUUUCCAUCAUAGCCACGGGAGUCCUCGAACUUCGAUGGAGCGGAGUUAGCAUCCAAGACUGGUGGCGAAACGAACAAUUCUGGGUCAUCGGAGGUGUCUCCGCCCAUCUUUUCGCCGUGUUCCAAGGCCUCCUCAAAGUCCUCGCCGGGGUCGACACGAACUUCACUGUAACAGCCAAAGCAGCAGAGGAUACAGAAUUCGGCGAGCUUUAUCUCUUCAAAUGGACCACUCUCUUAAUCCCUCCCACAACCCUGAUAAUAAUGAACAUGGUCGGUGUCGUCGCCGGAGUUUCAGAUGCAAUCAACAAUGGCUACGGUUCAUGGGGUCCGUUGUUCGGCAAAUUGUUCUUCGCUUUCUGGGUCAUUCUUCAUCUUUACCCUUUCCUCAAAGGUUUGAUGGGAAGACAAAACAGGACGCCCACCAUUGUUGUGCUCUGGUCCGUACUGUUGGCAUCCAUUUUCUCACUGGUUUGGGUACGGAUCGAUCCUUUCUUGCCCAAACAAACCGGUCCGGUCCUUAAACAAUGUGGCGUGGAGUGCUGAACCGUGUUAAUAAUUUUUCUUCUUACUAUUAUUAUGUUCCUAUUUUGCCCUGUAUGCCACUAUUGAUUUGCUGUGAUUCUGCAUAUCUUCUGAGAUGUUUCCUAAAGGGAUCUAUGUUGUUUAUAUAAAGUCUCCAAUGAAUGAUUUUGUUGGUAA